AUGCUGUCUCUGCGGAUUUCUCGGCAGAUUCAUCGAAUUGGCUUGCAUCAGACCUCACUACGACGUCUGAGCUACGGGGGAUCAGCUCCGCACUCUGGCGGUCAAGACAAUUCGAGCUUCUUUACGUUACUGGGACUGGCAGGAGUCGUCACAGGCGCCGUAUACGUAUACUAUGAUCCGGAUGUGCUGCCGGCGAGUGUGAAGAAAUGGCUGCCGAUUCAGGAAGCCGAAGGUCGUGGCAUGAGUCUGGAGGAGUACGAGCAGUGGCGAGCUAAGCAGUCGGGAUUUCCGACGGUUUUUACACCAGAGAAGGAAGAAAGAGAGGCCACACGUGUGCACACGAAGGAGGAGAAUAUCGAGCCACCAAACAUGAACGAUGAUAUUCCUAUUCCCCACGGAGACGUGUCUCCGAAAGAGAUGAAGGCAUCGUUGGAGAGGCUACUAGCUGAAGCGAAAGAGAAUGAAGCUGCGUUUAUUGCCGACAUCAAAUCGAACAGGGUCCCGAUGUCCGCUGAAGAUCGUGAGAUGUUGCAAGCGUUUAAGGACGAAAAAAUACGAUUAAACAAGCAGCUCAAGUUCCUGAAGUCCAACAAGUAA